ACCUGCUAAGCUACUCUCCCCUGCAAUGACAGCGCCGCAACAACGACCGAAGCGUUAAACAUAUUAAAACUAGCGCUGAGCUGAAGCUCACCUGUUACAUAAUAUAAUUUGCCUGCGAACUCCUCAUCAAUAGCAGGUGGUCCUGUAGUUUUGGUGAUAACACCGUAGCUGAACGAAAUGCUGUUGGAUAACCUAGUCCAUUGCUGUUCUUGAAAUAAGCUAACAUCACCUACAUAACAGCUAGCUGGUUGCACAGUUAACAGAAAAUGUACGAGGGAGGUAUUUUGCAAGCCGGAGUAGUAUGUUCGUCGAAUUGACCUCCCGGUAAAGUAUGUGGCUGGUUUAUUUAACCUGAGGAACCUCAGUUUUUUUAGCCAACGGUAGCUUGCUAACCACUACUCUUUGCCCAAGCUCGUUAUAUCAAAACACAACUUGAUAAGGUAUCAACGAAGUGGUGAAAUUGAAAGGCAACGCUAGGUAAGGCUAUUUGAAAGACACUACUGCUGGACCAGGUUUUCUAGAUGGCUGUUUCUUUCGCCGCUCGUCGGCUACCGAUGGGUGUACGAACAUUCAGUGAUUUCAUUGAAAUUGUGACACUUGGCUCGACCCACUCCAAAUCUACAUGCUCAAGAGUCGUUCGAAAUCAGCCUAUCAGGUACCUGGCAUCAUGUGGCAUCCUGAUGAGCAGACAGCCCCGACUGCACUAUUAUGCCGACAGGAGUGUGGCUGCUGCAGCUCCAACAACACAGCAAAACCGCACCUUCAUCAAUCUGACCAACAAGAGGAAACAGUACUCUGAACGCAGAAUUAUGGGGUACUCGAUGCAGGAGAUGUACGAGGUGGUGUCCAACGUGGACGACUACAAGCACUUUGUGCCCUGGUGCAAGAAGUCCGUGACCAUCAUGAAGAGGGCCAGCCAUGCCAAGGCCCAGCUGGAGGUGGGCUUCCCCCCCGUGGUCGAGAGGUACACCUCCAUGAUCACCAACGUGCGCCCUCACCUGGUCAAGGCUAUAUGUACUGAUGGCAAACUCUUCAACCACCUGGAGACAAUAUGGAGAUUCAGUCCCGGAAUUCCUGGGUAUCCCCGAACCUGCACUGUUGACUUCUCUAUCUCCUUUGAGUUCCGAUCCCUGUUGCACUCUCAGCUGUCCACCAUGUUCUUUGACGAGGUGGUGAAGCAGAUGGUAAAGGCGUUCGAGCACCGCUGUGGCAAGCUCUACGGUCCCGAGACGCGCAUCCCCCGCGAGCUGAUGUUCCAUGAGAUCCACCAGACGUGAGGCGCACAGAGGGGGUGCACAUGAUGCAGCGCUGAGCAGCGGCACUGGCACUUUGCUGACUGUGGGGUGUAUGGUGUGUGUGUGUUUGUGGGGUGGAGUGUGCGCUUUGGGUUGUGUUGUAGGCAGGCAGGGAGGGUGGCUGUGCAUGGCUGGGUUUUUUUUGGGGGGAGGGGUUUAUGGACACUUCCUGUUCCUUUGCGUGACAUCACUGGGCAGCUGGUGCAGCGGUGAACACUAACGCACAGGGGGGCGGGGACACGGUUUUGUGCUUGUGAGACCCGUGAGACAAACUACUUGGUGCCGCUGGCUACCCAUCACUGACAUUACCCACCAAUGCAACACAGUACAGUGCAAUACAUCGGGACACCAUCCUCUUUUCCUUCAUGGGCGGAAAGAUUGUAGCAUCCACGCCGGUUUGUAAUUUAGCUGCUUUAUUUAUUGACGCAAACACAUUUAAAGAGGUGUGACUAUACUGUAUGCUUAAUCUAAUUAUUCUCUUAAUAUGUACUGUAUACACACACACAGACACAGAGCCUUUUUUAAGUUAAGUCACACAGUUUGGGGCAUUUUGCUUGGGAGUGUUGGACAUGGAACGGACAGUGUAAUUUUCACUAUGUUCAGUUUUGGCUUUUAUUUUUAAAGAAUCUCUAAAGUUUUAUUUUAAGAAAAGUGUGCCCGUCUUUGCUUGGACCCGAAGGAAAUUGAGUGCAUGAAAAAGCUGUAUUAAGAAGACAACUGUGCAAUAACUUAAAAAAAAAACCUGAAAUGAAAACACUCUUUUCUUCAACCACACUGUUGUCCAUAACGUUUAUUUGCAUUUUAUUUUAUGUUUCAUUCUAUCUGGUGGCCUAAUUUUGUGUUGUUUUCAGUGUGGUCUACGCGGCAAUGGACUUAACCUAAUAGGAGAGUGCUGUGUUUAUGGAUACAAUCAGCCAGUAGGAUCUUGACCAUAUGUGUAUGUAUUAAAAAACACAAUUAUAUACCGGUAUGUAUAAAGUAUAUAUGACUUUGCAUCAACACUGGGUUUUAGAUUAUGACAUACAAAAGAUAUAACAUCUUGUAGAGGUACCCUGUUGAGAGUGUUUGUCAUUUUGUUCAGCAUGAAACUCAUCAAAAAGGUUUAGGAAGGUUUCAGCCUGCUUGUUGGAAAGGUCACAGCAUUUUUUUGCCGCUCCAUACAGAGUCGGGUUACAAGCAGAAAGCGAUGGUAUGAAAAUUACUGUGUGUGCGUGCGCGUGUAUGUAUGUGUGUAUUUUGUGUGUACGUCAGGGCUUGAAAUUAACUUUUUCGCUUGCCGGCCACUGUGGCUAGUGGAUUUCCCCAGUCACUAGCCAUCCAGCUAUUCUACUAGCCACGAAUUUGAUCUUUUUUAUCAUGACGCUGUACAUCUAACCUCAGAAGAUGAGGUGCUUAAAGUGCAUGAGUGCAAAGCUUUCUACAUGGAAAUAAAACAAAUAGAAACUGAGUAACUACAUUUUUUGUUGAACUUAUACAAACAAUUGAUACACAAGGCGCAAAGUGCAGAAUAUACGCUAUUCUGAUAUGUCUUACCAUAGAAUAAGUUACCUGCCAAAUUGGCUAGUGACACUGAAAUUGUUACCAACCACAGCCAAGUUUUACCAGCAUUUGGCCGGUUGGCAGGUGCCAGUGUCAAGCCCUGGUGUACGUGUGUGUAUGUCUGCCUGUGUGUGUGUUGUACAUGCCUGCAUCAGUGUGUGAGUGUGUCUAUGUGUGUGAUUGUUUCUUUGUGUCUACCAUGUGUGUGGGCAUGUGUGUCUGUGUACCUGUCCACACAUUGUAUAAAGUUGUUUUUCUGUUUCGUGCAUGGCCAAAGCGUGUGUUGGAACAACUUCAGAGAAUUUUAAAAAUCUGCCUUUAUUUGUGCCAGUUUGCUGCUGUUUGUGUGUGUGUGUGUGUGUGCGUGCGUGCGUGCAUGCAUGUGUGAGUGUGUGUGUGUGUGUGUGUGUGUGUGUGAAAGACAGAGACGGAGAGAGUGUAAAUAUUUUAUUUCAAAGUUCCUAUUUUUCUUUGUGUUCUGUAGUCAUAAAACGUGUAAUGUAUUGUCCACGAGUCUUGAAUAUUUGGUUUUCUGUUUUUGGGAAGAUUUAUUGUCUAAAUGUUAAUGAGGAACAAUCUGAAACAAAUGAGGUUUAGCUGAUGCUGUGAAUGAAUGUACUGCUAAUGCCAAUAUCCAUGAGUUGGUCAAACCCAUGAUGGUCUUGUUAUAUGAUGAAUGAAUGUGUAUAUGUAAGUAAAAGUCUCCCAUGAACAGCACACCAUGUAAAGGCUAUUAAGACUUAUUAUGACCUAAACUUCACCUGUUGUAUGCAUGUUAACAUUACACCAUUGGACAUAGUCUACCCAAUGAUAUGUAGACCUCCUUGAGUCUACCAUACCCUUCGAAUACUGCCCUUUACUCCCUUCCAUGCGUACAUCUUUUCUUCUCUCAGCUGAUUUUAAAGUAUGUGUGUAUUAAAUUGUGAUAUUCAUUUCCUAAAGCAGUUGUGAAGAUUAAUUAUAUUGAUCCCCACUUGUGGAUCAUUUCAGGUACGGUCAUAUUGAGGAGCUCAUAGGGCUGUGCAACUUAUACCUAGGAGAGUCUAUGUAGUCCUAAAAGUUAUAAAGGGGAUUCUGGUAUUCUCUGCCAAGUAUGUUAACUUUUGGACCUUUCCUGAGAUGGUUUCGAUGGCUUCAUACUAAGCUAAAGCAGUUGCUGUUGUCGAUAUGAAAAUGGAUGAAAAAACCCAAAUAAAAACCUCACAUUCACAGUCAUGGGUAAGCGGUUAGGGCGUCAGACUUCUAUCCCAAGGGUUGCCGGUUCGACACCCGACUCGCCAGCUUGGUUGGGGGAGUAAUUAACCAGUGCUCUCCCCCAU